UGUCCAGCUCUAGCUCCAUGUCCAGCUCUAUUUCAACUUGAGAACACUUGGGAUCCUUUCGUUGGAAGCUCACAAACAAAAUGGCCGAUGCUGCUAUACCUGUUGAACUGGCUGAUAAGGCCGUCGCUCCUAUAUCUCCUCACCAGGCUGCUACGUCUUAUCACCAGGCUGGUGCAGCCACUGAUUUGCCAACUAUAGGACACUUCCGCUCCGCCUCUGAAUAUAAUCUCCAAACAGACAAGGUAGACGCCAUUAUUCGAGACGUAUCCUAUCAUCGUGUACUCGAACGUCGAUAUUUCAUAUCAUUCUCAGAGGAUGAGCAUGAGCUUAUUCGCAUAUCGAUAUCGACAUCCUUCCAGCGGCCCUCGAUCGCGAGCCUUGGGACCCUUAACCGGCUACCUUAUGAGCUGUUAAGCAACAUCGCCUUGUCUCUAGACAUACAAUCCGUUUUCACUUGUCGGCAAGUAAGCACAGGGUUGAGACAGACAAUAGAUUCUUUCUCAGAGUAUCAGGCUAUAACAACACACGCACUCAGCGCUCUAUGCGCCUUGUUACGCACGCGGGUGCUAGCUCCUAAAGUCUCAUUUUUCGACUUCCACCGUGAAUUGUGUUCAAACACCUGCUUUCGCUGCGGCGAGUUUGGCGAGGUCAUUUUCCUACCAACGUGGCGUCGAUACUGCUCUCUGUGCAUAACACAUGCCCCAGAGGUUCUAAUGGGACCUCUCGACGCCAUCCAGAGCCGGCUAGCCCUAAGCCCGGAGGCUGCCAACCAACUUCCGGUAUUUGAGACUAUAAGACAAACGCAUUCAGUAGACAUCAACGGCGACAGCUUACCCCGCGACACACUCGUUCCAAUCCAACAAGCAGUGAAACUUUCUCCAAUACCACAAAGGCAUAGAGACAGGAAAGCGUUGGACCUAUACCUUAGAAAUUGCGAACUUUCAAAGAGUGCAUCCUGUAUACUGCCUUACUAUAAUAGACAUUCUGGCAAAGCUGAAUACGGACUGUCAUGUUGUGGGUGCAUUCAUGGACAUCAUACGGGGGAAGACGAGGUUUUGAAAGUAUUAAAUGGGGAGGUUUUUGACAGGAUAUAUGGGGACGAGCGCUUUCUACAGCACUUCAAGUGGUUUUGGCAGGCACAGUAUUUGUGGGAGUUAUGUGAGAGCGUUAACGCGGUUGCUGCUGGAACCGAAUCCGCCAUAUCUUGCAGGCGGAAACCAUUUUGGACUGAGCGCAAACUUCGCUAUUAGGAUAUUUAUUGCAAUUCAUCAACCC